UACCAGCCCAUCGCCGUGCGCUACUCUGGCGAGCGGUGCUGCGUGUGCGACACCGAGGCAGACUACGACUUCGACCAGCUGGUGGGCUGCGACCUGUGCGGCAUCACCGUGCACCAGAGCUGCUACGGCAUCAUGGAGCUGCCGGGCCCAGACCAGAUGUGGCUGUGCCGCGCCUGCGAGCUGCGGGAGGACGGCAAGCCGGCGCCGCAGUGCUGCGUGUGCCCCGUGGUGGGCGGCGCGCUCAAGCCCACCAGCACCCGCGGCCUGUGGUGCCACUCGGCCUGCCUGCAGUGGAUCCCAGAGCUGAGCGUGUCUGAUGUGCUGGCCCAGGAGCCGAUUGAGGGGGUGCGCUCCAUCCCCAAGGAGCGCUGGGACCUGCUGUGCUGCGUGUGCAAGCAGCGCAUGGGCGCCAAGAUACAGUGCGAGGCGUGCUUCGCGGCCUACCACCCGCUCUGCGCCCGCGUGGCAGGU